CAUUGGAAUUUUUAGAUACAACCCAAAAAAAGCUCGGUCAUCUUCAACUUCUCGUGCAGAUUCUCUAUAGAGUCCUUUCUGUUGAAAUCCGUAGCUUCAUCAGUUCGCCUAUACUGUUGGUAUCAGGAUUUUGGUCCAGAGAAACUUUGGUAGAACCCGACAGUUGGACUUCUGUAUGCCUUUCUGAUUCUAAAGGAUCAUCAACAUCAUCCACAGGAGUUUUAUUGGCUAUAACGACAGUAGUAGCAGUGAUAUUGGUCAAUUCUGUAGUAGCAUUCGUUACAUCCGCGGACUAUUUUGUAGACUCUUGUAAUUCCACCUCCUUAUCUUUCUUCAUAAGAAGUUCCAGAGAGAGAAAGAUUUGUAUUUACAUUACUUAUUCAGACAACUCAUUUCCCUUUCCAACAAUUGAGUCAGACGGAUUUGAAAGGAACACUUCCUUACAUAAUAAACAUGGAUCUGCUUCUGGAACUUGGACUUCAGUAGCAAGGGUUCCAGAAACUUGGGCAAAGAAGGCCUUUGACCCAGCUGAUAGCCAACUGGCUUGUUUUAUAUAG